GGAUUCAACAGCUGGAUAACAGAGUGCUACUGGAAACUUCACCAGUGUUCUGACUUCUAUCCUGUUUGGAUAAAACUCACAUUCAGACACCAGACUGUCAGCCUUUCCAACAACCAUGUCACUGCCUUGACUGAACAGCCUCCAAAACCCACCCACAAACUCACAUCAUCCAAUCCAGACACUCGGAAGGGUGAAGAGACACAGCCACCCAGCUAAUCCCGUGAUACCGUGGUGGAGGGGCCAGGGACACUCGGGUUUGGGUCGGGUCACCGGUGCGCUGCUGUGGGGGUGGUAAGGUGGGCAGGUGGGCGCUUCCUCCCGGAUGCAGAACCUCCUCGACCAGAACCUAGACAUGGCGACGGCGCUGCUGGCAGGCGAGAAGCUCAAGGAGCUCAUCAUGCCGGGCUCCUCGCAGGACGAGAAGGGCAUUGGGCUGGCCGGCCUCAUGGUGCAGAUCAAGCUGGAGCUGCCCUUCGACCGCGUCGUCACCAUCGGCACGGUCAUCAUCCCCAUCCUGCUGGUCACGCUGGUGUUCACACGCAAUUUUGCAGAGGAGAGCAUCUACUGCUACACUCCCCACAACUUCACGCGUGACCAGGCCCUGUACGCCCGUGGCUACUGCUGGACGGAGCUGCGUGACGCCAUCCCCGGCGUGGAGCCCGCGCAUUGGCCCUCGCUGUUCGAGCACAAGUUCCUGCCCUACGCGCUGCUGGCCUUUGCGGGCAUCAUGUACAUCCCGGCGCUGGGCUGGGAGUUCAUGGCCUCCACGCGCCUCACCUCCGAGCUCAACUUCCUGCUGCAGGAGAUCGACAACUGCUACCACCGGGCGGCCGAGGGCCGCGCGCCCAAGAUCGAGAAGCAGAUCCAGUCCAAGGGGCCCGGCAUCACCGAGCGCGAGCGGCGCGAGAUCAUCGAGAACGCAGAGAAGGAGAAGAGCCCCGAGCAGAACCUGUUCGAGAAGUACCUGGAGCGCCGCGGUCAGAGCAACUUCCUGGCCAAGCUUUACCUGGGGCGCCACCUGGCCAUCAUCUGCCUCAGCUCCAUCCCCAUCACCUACCUGAGCACCUACUACGCCUGGCAGCGGCAGAACGAGUUCACCUGCGCGCUGGGCGAGCCGCCGGACGCCAGUAGCCCGCCGGAGCACCGGCUGAGCGUCAACUGCAAACUGCCCGCUGUGCAGCUGCAGCGCAUCAUGGCGGCGGUGGACAUCGCGCUGCUCUGCACCAUGAACCUCAUCAUCCUGAUCAACCUGCUGCACCUGUUCGUGGUGCGCAAGUCCAACUUUGUGUUCGACAAGCUGCACAAGGUGGGCAUCAAGACGCGGCGGCGCUGGCAGAAGUCGCAGUUCUGUGACAUCAACAUCCUGGCCAUGUUCUGCAACGAGAACCGCGACCACAUCAAGUCGCUCAACCGGCUGGACUUCAUCACCAACGAGAGUGACCUCAUGUACGACAACGUGGUGCGGCAGCUGCUGGCCGCGCUGGCCCAGUCCAACCACGACUCCACGCCCACCGUCCGGGACUCGGGCAUGCAGACCCUCGACCCCAACAUGGACCCCUUGGGGCUGGGGGUCGGAGAGCUGGGAGUGGAGCCCUCGGUCAUCAAGCGGCCCCGCAAGAAAAUGAAGUGGAUCCCCAGUUCCAAUCCACUACCACAGCCUUUUAAAGAGCCUCUGACGUUGACCCGUCUGGAGAACAGCAUGAAAUCGGAAAAGCCAAAGCCUGUGUGGAAGAAAUCGGCGGCUGACAACUUCAUUGCCCCCCUGGUGGACAACAAGAGUACACAGCACCCGCCGACCGGUAAAGGUGUAACUCCACACAACUGCAUCGCAGUGGACAAGAAGCACACACGCAACUUCUCCCUGGAUGUCCACCCCUACAUGCUGGCCAUCCCUAAGCCCAAGGAGGAGCCGGCCGUCCACAACCCAGGGCCUCCGCCGGCCGCCUUACCCCUGGAAAGCACCUACAUCGAGGGAACCAUCAGCAUGAUCCACGCCUCCGCCUCCGACAGCGAGAAGAAGAGCCCGCCCACCACCACCAUGCCCGAGUUCACCAGGGUCGGACGGCCAAACACCACCUAUAUGAACGGUGUUUCCACCAGCCUGGCCCCCUCCAGCCCUCCCCACCCGAUGGAGCCCCUGAGCCAGCCGCAGGAGCCCGAGGUCCAGCCCGUGCCCUUCAGCAGGAAGACGUCCCAUCCACUACUGGCCGCCCACCGCACAUCCUUUAAGGAGGAGGACGUGGAGCAGCUGGUCCGGGACCACCUGGCAGAGCGGCCCGCUGAGCUCAUCGCUGCAGGAGAGUGCUGAGCACCCCGGUGCUCACUCUUGUAUCAGACACACACACACACACGUUAUGCAAAGACCAAAUCAAGCUCUCACCUUCUGUGUCGCACACAUGCAUAAUACUCACUCACAGCGCACAGCACACACACACACACAAACAGAGGCACACACGCAUGCACACAUACAACCUCAACCUCGCACAGUGCACCAAGCAUUCUUUUAAUGGGAAACACGCUUUCCAUGUAGAAGACAACCACAACACAUGAUACCUUGACGUUGCUGCAGGAUGGACAGUUGAAAAGCUGUGAUUAUUUGCAUGUGCCAUGACUGGACCCUAGACACAUGCGUGGACCAACCAACAAGGGAAUGAACAGCAAGGCUUGACAAUAAGAGAGAUUUAUAAUGAGCAGUUUAGAUCCUCUGGUCUUGAUGCAAUGCUUUGUAAUUAUACUUGUAGUAGUUGCAGAAGGAUAUUGAUCGAAAGCAGGGAAUAAACAGGACAGCAUAAAAGACUUAA